UAAAUUUCAAAACAACCUCAACUCUUCGACAGAGUAACCCUAACCCCAACCCUUUUUUAUCACUCCUGCGCGUCUCAUCACGCUCAUCACGCUCAUCAUCGAACUUCUCAUCAUCAGCGGCUAUUUUCCGAGUCGGACAUACUGUGCAUCCAUGUCAGGACGUGGAAGAGGGCGUCCUGCGUCGCGUUCGGCGCAGGAACCAGCCGCGGGCUCCAGUCGCCGCUCGACGCGCCAGCAGCAACAACACCAGAACAUGCCACAACCAGAAGAGCCACAACAGCAUGGUGAUUCUUCUGAGCAGCAGCAUGAGGAACACCAGCCACAGGAUGGACAGCAACUGGAACACGACCUAGACCCUCAAUUGGAGGACCCCAUGUCUGCGGCGCUGUAUAACCAAGUCAUCGAUCCGGCCAUCUCGGGCCCGCAAGAUGGCGGCAUGCCUCCCCCGCCUGUCCCCAGUGCUAAGAGCGUACGGGGGCAGGCCGGGCCGCCUUUCGCCCGCCGGAACACGCGCCGCACUUCAGAGACGCCCGGCAGCAGCAGCAGCAUGAGCAUCAGGAGCGCUCCUGUCACUGACGCGUUCUCAUCCCAACAAGAACCCCAUGGCACCGCACUGAAUAGGCCUGCUACGGGUAUCAUGUUCGAGCCACCUAGCCACGCUCCAUCUACGGUAUCCUCUGCCACUAAUGAUACGCCCGGCCGCGAAGCGGCGAGGGCGAGGCUUAUGACUGCCAUGCUGUCGCGUCUGUUUACCGCUGCCGAUGAUUUCUUCAUGCAUCUUUGCAGCGAACAGGUUGACCAGGAGACGUGGGAGGGGGAGCGGGAGGGCUUUAAGAAGGCCUUCGAAGCAUACCGCACUUACUACGUACGCGAUGAUACCGAGCCGGUCGUCAACCCGACUUUCGUUACCGAUGUGAUGCGGCUGGAAAAGGCGUCUUUGCAUUGGUACAAGGUCGUCAGAGUUGUGUCGGCGGCGAAUCUCGUCAUGCUCCUCGGGGACACCACCCCGGGCAACCAGGAAUCCCCCUUAUCACUACACGCAUUGGAGUCGAAUUUUCCCGACUGCUUCAUCGGCGAAGGUUCCAUCAACGCAGACAACGCGAUGAACCAGCAAAUUAUUGAGCAGAUCCUAAUGAUCCGCACGCAGCUGACCAUCCUUCGUUUGAAGGAACUUGCGAAGAGCUCUGGGCCGUUCCAUCCUCGCCUCCAGGUUGCUGGCAUCUGGUGCGACGGUGACGUGUCUCUCGAAUCGAUCGAGGCUUUUCUAGGAAACAAUAAUGACGGUCUCCAGCUCAAGCCCAUCGCACCGGCCGAGUCCGAGGUGGCUGCGCUGGCGAGGGAUCGGAAUGCUAUUCCUACUCGCUUCGGCUCCAUUUGCAAGAUGCUGCCCGAUCAAGAGGUCGACGGUGACAGCCUCGACCUAAGCCAGUUUGAGACGCUGUAUCCUUUCCCAGAUUUCCUCGACAAUCUGGGGAACUUUACCAAGACCUGCUUCGAAAGCAUCAAAUUGCAGCUCCACCAGGAGUCCGUACACUCGAGCGCCACCUCUAGGGCCGAUUCGCAGAUUCGGUCGCAGCUCGAGGCCGACUCAAUUGGCCAGGCGUUCGAUCGGGCAGACCUUGAUGUGCAACCAGCGUUCAACAUGAACUCUUUGCGGAUGUUGAAGCAAUUAGAACAACAGGGGGCUUCAAUGUACGGCGAUAAUCAUGGAUUGCCCCCUAGCUCAUAUCCGCCAGCACCGCGGAUCCCUUAUCCGCCAGGCUUCAGCAGUCCUUCGCAUGCUCUGGGGUAUGGUGACCCAUCCCAGCAGAGCGGCUUUCAGCCGCCCGGCUCCAUCUACGCCGAGUCGGCGGUCCAGGCUUUGGGCAGGAAGAGACAGGCUCAGGGCGAGCCAUCAACCGGCGAUGGAACUGCCGGACCGGCCGGAUCGCCAGCAAAGAAGACGCGCGUUAGGCGUAAGAAGAACGUGGUUCCAGGGGUUCCAGAAGCUGCCAUGGGCGCUCCUUCUACAGGUGCUCCCGGAAGCGCGCCGGUUGCUCCGUCGCAAUAUCCGCCGUUACCUGGAACACAGGACGAGCCUGACUUCGAUGCUCUCUCGCAGCGGACGAGGGAGAUAUCGGCUGCGGCUCGCAAGGUCAAAGAGCCCCAGGUUCGCUCUGGCUGGGUGCGCCGGGAUAUCCUCCUGCUUGUCAAGGCAGUUAAUACCUACCAAUGCAAGUGGAGCACCAUCGAAAAGGAAAUCAAGGCGGGCACAAUCCCGUUUGAGCGCCCGCGUGAUCAGCAGGCACUUCGGGACAAGGCGCGCCUGUUGAAGCAAGAUUUCCUGAAGACUGAUACCCUCCUUCCCCGAGGCUUUGACCUUGUCGUCCUCGGCAAAAAGGAGAAAGAGGCGGUCAAGAGCGUGGGCAAAAACCCGGACCGUAAAGAAGAGGAUGUUGACGAGAACGGACAACCCAUCAAUACGGAGUUCAGCGCCGAGGUAAUGGCCCCGCGGGGUGCCCUCUUAGACCAGCUUCCGCCGGUUGAACCCCAGCCUGAGCAGCAGCAGCAGCCCGAGCCCGAAUCCCAACCAGAGCCACAGCAAGCAGUACCAGAGCAGAUCGCUGCUGCAUAGGCUGGGCUCGUAUCCAUGGCUAUGGCCAUGAUCAAAAAGGGGAAUAUCCUUCAAAGUUUUGAUGCAGGUUUUCGCUUUGCUUACCCCGGUUCGAUCAAUAAUUUACGGCUCAUGGGGGGCUUGGAAUUGACGGUAACCAUCAGAGCUUCUUGUCGACUAUGGGGGACUUGAUCCUUGACUGACGUUGAACUGUCUAUCGGGGCAUGGAUCGGUCGAAGGAUGAAGUACAUUAGUCUAUUUUGCCGGUGUAGUCAGCGGUAUAAUCGUGGGUUCUUUUUGUCCCAAAUUGUAGCAACAGGUAGCAACCAAGUUCAUCGAGG